AUGAGGACUCGCGCCGCGCUGACUGCCACCGCCCUCGUGGUCAUCCUCUGCGUGGGCGUCGCUGCGGGCUUUGACGAAUCGUGCACCCCUGGUGAGGUGAAGAUGAAAGAUUGCAACACCUGCAGAUGUAGUGGUACUGGCAUAUGGGGAUGUACUCGCAUGGCUUGUCCACAGCCUGAAGAUGAGAGCGUGAAGGUGGCUGUGAAGCGGAACGCGCAGAACUGCGCCCCCAACACGACGUUCAAGCUGGACUGCAACACGUGCACUUGUAACAGCGCCGGCACCGGAGCACUCUGCACCCUGAAGGGCUGUCCGAAGCGCAGCCGCAGAGCGAUCGCGUGCACUCCGGGGUCGGUUUUCAAGAGGGGCUGCAACCUGUGCCAGUGUAUGCUCGACGGCCGUUCCACAGUGUGCACUCACAUAGACUGCCCACGAGAGAAUUAG